AUGCCUCCCAAAGCUGCCGAGAAGAAGCCUAGCACUGGUGGCAAGGCGCCCGCUGGAAAGGCUCCUGCUGAGAAGAAGGAAGCCGGCAAGAAGACCGCUGCUGCUGCCACUGGCGACAAGAAGAAGCGUGGCAAGACUAGGAAGGAAACCUACUCCUCCUACAUCUACAAGGUUCUCAAACAAGUUCACCCUGACACUGGUAUCUCGACUCGUGCCAUGUCUAUCCUGAACUCUUUUGUCAAUGAUAUCUUUGAGCGCGUCGCCACGGAGGCAUCGAAGCUUGCUGCUUACAACAAGAAAUCCACCAUCUCGUCGAGGGAGAUCCAGACUUCUGUUCGGCUCAUCCUCCCUGGUGAGUUGGCGAAGCACGCCGUUUCGGAAGGCACUAAGGCUGUCACGAAGUACUCUUCUUCUGCCAAAUAG